CGACCACAACUCUUGUUCAUUUUUUCUUGUUCUUUUUCUAAAAGCAACGUAUAAACAAUUACAUCUAACCAAAACUAAUAAAAGAUUCAGGCAACACAGCGAGAAACUCAUUGGCGCCAAGUGCGGGGAUUGUUGCCACGUGGACAUCACGUGUCUGACCAUUUCUCCUUCUCAUGCCCCUUCCUACAGCUCUCCUCACCAUCAAUAUAGCCUCCGACUCCGCACGAAACCAUUUCACAGCUUGGGCGUUUUUCGUUUUCAACCAAUGAACAACCAUCAUAACUUCAAUGCUGUUGAUGCUGGAUGUGAUUUUCAGCCUAGUAAUCCACCUCCGUUUAAGAUUUCUGAGAUCCGAGCUGCCAUUCCUAAGCAUUGUUGGGUCAAGAAUCCGUGGAGGUCUCUUAGCUAUGUUUUCAGAGACGUUGUCGUCAUAUUUGCUCUUGCCGGAGCUGCGUUCUUCUUCGAUUCUUGGGCUGUGUGGCCGCUCUACUGGACUGCUCAGGGGACAAUGUUCUGGGCUAUCUUUGUUCUUGGCCAUGACUGUGGCCAUGGAAGCUUUUCGGAUAGUUCCUUGCUAAAUAAUGUGGUGGGGCAUCUCUUGCAUUCUGCAAUUCUUGUACCUUAUCAUGGAUGGAGAAUCAGCCACAGGACUCACCAUCAGAAUCAUGGAAAUGUGGAGAAGGAUGAAUCUUGGGUUCCGUUGCCAGAGAAGAUCUAUAAGAAUUUAGACUUCAGUACUCGGAUUAUGAGAUACACUAUCCCUCUUCCCAUGUUUGCAUACCCCAUCUAUCUGUGGACAAGAAGUCCAGGCAAAGAAGGUUCACACUUCAAUCCCUACAGCGAUUUGUUUGCCCCUAAUGAGAGGGGAGAUGUGUUAACAUCAAGCAUGUGUUGGACUGCGAUGGUUCUUCUGCUCUGCUAUUCAUGCUCUGUUUUUGGCUCUGCAAUAGUUCUUAAACUCUAUGGUGUUCCCUAUUUGAUAUUUAUCAUGUGGCUGGACUUUGUUACAUACUUGCAUCACCAUGGGUAUGAGCAGAAACUUCCCUGGUACCGAAGCAAGGAAUGGAGCUACUUGCGUGGAGGGCUGACAACAGUUGAUAGGGAUUAUGGAUGGUUCAAUAACAUCCACCAUGACAUUGGCACACAUGUUAUACAUCAUCUCUUUCCUCAAAUCCCACACUAUCACCUAGUAGAAGCGACAAAGGCAGCUAAGCCAGUGCUGGGAAAAUACUAUCGAGAGCCUAAGAAAUCAGGACCAUUUCCGUUUCACUUAUUCACAAGUCUAGUAAAAAGCAUAAAUGAAGAUCACUACGUGAGCGACAUUGGAGACAUUGUUUACUAUCAGACUGACACCCAGCUGUAUAAACUUUCAAAAGCCAAGUUAAACUGAUUUCUUUUGUUUUUAGGUCAUAGUCAUAACCUAAUUAUUUCCUAAACAAAUGGUAUUUGGAUCCUCGAUUCGAAUGCUGGGGAAAAAGAAAGAUGAAGAUAUUGUAUUUCAAUUUGUUGAAAGACCCAACAUGUUUUGCUGCCAAAUGUAUCGUCAGGUAUAUUUUUAGAGUAAAUUUAAGUGGCGUGUAUUAGCUAAUGUGUUAUGUGGUGGAGUAGGCUCGUGCAACUGAGUUUUUUUUCGGAUUUGCAAUAAAAUAAAAAUCAAGUGUCGAAAUAAAUGCUGACAUGUCAUACUUGUUCGAAAUAAAUGUAUCACAUAAUUAUUAGACACUCAAAAUAUCAAGUGUCGAAGAAGCAUGCCACCCAUGAAUCCAAAAAUAAUUAUUAACUAUGCAUGAUUUUCAAUUUUUUUUAUUUUUUUCUGGGAAAAGAAGAAAAGAGCUCUGUGCAAGCAUUUGUGGAUUCGAAGGGUUUUGGGCUUCUACUCCAUGAAGAGCCUUGAUGAAGGCGUCUUGGGUUUUACCAUCGAUCAAAAUAAUUAAUUUUAUAUACACCUCCAGUUUUUGGUAAUCUCUCAUUCCAGGAUAUGGAAUCAUAAAUUUAAGAGGUUCAUAAAAAAUCCUACCAUAUUCUUGUGCUUUGUUGCUAUGUCUUUGCUGUAGUGUGAGGUUUCAUAGAAAGUAAAAGGCAUGGGAUUCUGCGGUAACUUCUCUAAUGCAAGUUGUGCUAGUUGCUUCUGAAUACUUGAAGAACUGGCGUCAUGUACAAUUAUUGUCAAAGGUAUCUGAUUCUUCCUCUACACUUGCUGCUGCUCUCUCUCUGGUCCCGUCCACUGCAAUGUUUUCUGAAGAUCAAUGUAGACAUUGCCACAAAUGUCCAUGAUUCUCAUACAGGAAUUGAUAUGUAAGCUCCAGAUCAUAGAGGCAAUUUCAUUGCAGCUCAUUCUUUUCUAGUAUUGGGAACUUUCUCUCCAAAUAUUUUUGAAGUUGCAGGGGUUUGUGAAGUAUUCUCAUGGACAAGAGCCCCAAUGGCAGCGUGUUAUUGUGGAAUCAGAUGUGGCUUUUGUGGAUUCUUCUCUUUACUUCCUUUCCAUCCCUGCCAUCUUCUUUUGGUCUUACUUGUAAAUCUCUUGAAUAAGAGAUUCCUACUGUUUUAUUUUAACAUGUUUGUCAAUUCUACAAACAUUUUCCA